AUGCGAUCGCCACGUCUUCUCUUGAUUCUCUUCAGCCUGGUCUUCUUCCCGAUCUUCCUCACCAUCUUUUCCGCCCUCUCGUCGCCGACUGUCUCAACCUCACAAACGCUGUCUGGACGGACGUCUGGACUGCACGCUCUAUUUUCCUUCAACAUUCCAUCCUCGCUCUUUCCUCCCUCAGCCAUCAUCAGCCUCACCGAUGACAAUUCAACCUUCUUCCUCGCCCGCCCUGCGGCAUUCGGCCCGCUUUUGCCUAGAAAAGGCCUCAGUGGGAAACUCUGGGUUGGAAGUGGCUUUGGGGAAGGUAGUCUAAUUUCGGGGACAGAAGGAGAGCUGGGAUGCUCAGACAUUCCCGGUUGGGGGGAGAACAUUCGAGCCAAGGCCCAUGACUCUGCUGGCAAGGGCGCCAUGCAGAAGUCCGGAAAGUCUGGGAGCGGUGCCGUGGGCGAGGCCCCGAUUCUGCAAAGUCGAGCCUAUCUUGCGUCGCAGGUUGACUCGGCUCGGCAAAUGGAGCGACGUGAGACCGUGGCGUCGACCGCUGUAGAUGACGGAACCGAUGAUCAUCUACACCAAUCGCUGACGGAUCCUACUGUUUUGAAUAUCAAACAAGCUCCAACGUACGGAGAAACGCUUCCAGUGAAACAGUCCUCACAUGCCGAUAUCCAGUCAUUGCAAGAAACUGCUGAGAUUCAGGGCAAUGUCGUUCUCCUCAGUCGCGGUGGCUGCGGAUUCCUCGAAAAGGUGAUGUGGGCUCAACGCCGUGGCGCCAUUGCCGUGAUCGUUGGCGACGAUACACGAGGCGGGAACCUGGUCACGAUGUACGCCCGGGGUGACACAUCAAACGCGACCAUCCCUGCCAUCUUCACCUCCUAUACCACUGCGCAUCUCCUCUCAUCGCUCAUUCCAUCGCAUUCUGGCGCAGUGGCCGGCCUUGGCUCGAAGUCUUCACAUCCCACGUCUGCCGGUCGGACGAAUGUGGAUUCGGAAAAACCAGCCGCUCUGCCCAGUAUUUUGGCCUCAACAGCCCCUUCAUCAACUUCUCCGUCAGCCUCCAAAGAGCACUCCGCCGCUGGUGUCUCGCACCCGAAGGGCGGGGUUUUCUGCGCUUUGGGCUCAUUUUUAGGACUGUGUAGUGAAUCGGGAGGUCCACCUCGUCCAUCAGACAGUCGCCGUCCUCCCAGCAGCGGUAACAUUGACUGGCUUGUGCCUGGCGCCUUAGAGGCAAAGGAGCCAUCUUCUAGUUCUUCUCGGCAUGGGACGGAGUCCAACCGCCGCGGGAGCAGUAAAACUGAUGCCACAUUGAAGCCAAAGAAGUUCGAACUGUCUGAGGAGGAGGAUGAUAUGAGCGAUGAGGAGUUUAUUAUUGGUGUUCAGGAUUGGAGAGAUUCUGAUCUCCUUGCGCCGAAGGACGAGGGGCGCCCUCUGCCUAGCACUACGCCGCACGAUGACCCGAAUUCUCAAGACCUCCGCGCAGAUCAAGGUCCAUCUUCGCCUUCCAAUUCACUUCUUGGUGGCAGCAUCACUCCAGGAAGCGGUGAAUAUCAAAGCAUUGACAAGCUCACCGGCAACAGCCGCGUUGGCACGACACAUACUCAGAACAACCCGAGCACCUCAGCUGCUGUCUCCACCUCUUCUGGUAAAGGGUGGUUCUCAAGUCAUUUUAGUUGGGGCCAUGAUCACGAGCAGUCGGUGCAACCUUCUACGGCCUCUGCACUUAGGAAGGUCUCAGAAGGCCAGAAGAAUCCUUCGCCAUCCUGGCUUGAUUCGGAAACGCCAAUGGCCUCGGAUCAUGAAGGUCUCUGGGUUACUUUGUCUCCGACCAGUGUUUCGGCCAGCCCGUUUUUCGAUACUCUUUUAGUGCUGGUUGUCAGCCCGCUGUUGACGUUAACGAUGGUCUACGGCUUGCUCUUGCUGCGAUCUCGCAUCCGACGACGUCGAUGGCGCGCGCCAAAGUCUGUGGUUGAGCGUCUCCCUGUUCGCACAUAUCACACCAUCGCUCGAACCCCCUCGUCAUCAAGCUCGGAAUCCUUGAGACCUGCCAGCCCUGGGCCCGUAUCACCAUCAUCUCCACUACUUAGCCAUCCCAGCCGCUCAGACCGUCCACGUCUGGCCCGCUCCCGCUCACAGACAGUUGCUGGCGUGAUCACAGACUCAACAUCCUUGCCCAAAGAGGAGAAACUGGCAAGUUCACAAACUGGUUCGACGCUCUGGAGACGCAAGUAUACUGGCAGACAGGUGGAAUGUGUGGUUUGUCUCGAGGAAUAUGUUGAUGGUCAAAGCCGGGUCAUGAGUCUUCCUUGCGGUCACGAGUUCCACGCAGAGUGCAUUACACCGUGGCUGACCACUCGUCGACGCACCUGUCCGAUUUGCAAAGGUGACGUUGUUCGCUCGCUGGGCCAUUCGAGAGCAGCAGAACUUGACGAUCAGGACGAGCAGUCAGGCAACUCCCUAUCCCAAGAACGAAAUGAAGGCCCUGCCCAGUCUGCAGAGGUGCCCAUUUCCAACGGCCACGGAGAUGGUGACUCUGACGACGAGCAAAGCGUCGGCCUCAUCACAGGCCAGCCAGCUUCCACCUCGAAUUCUAGCUGGCGGAACUUUGCCUCGUUUAGUUUCUCGGCUUUGGGUGGAGAUAACAUUUGGCAUCAAGCCCGUGCAGACCGUAACAGGUAA